AUGUCUCCAAAGAAAAUCAAACAAGAGAAGGGGAAAGCCAUUGUUUCUGGCGGCGACGGAAAGUUUACGCCGCAUCCCGAAACGACGUUCGACGCCGAAUCUCUCGACGAGUUCCGGCGCAAUUAUGGGAUUCCCGAUGAGAUCGGGCUCGCUCUCCCGGCCGAGGGCGAAGAUCCGGAGCAUGUGCGUCAGGGGUUAUGUUGCGCCUACAAGGCGUAUUUCGAAAACUGCGGGAUGAUUUCCCAAAUCCCGCAUUUUCUAUUAGAGGUGCUUGCCCAUCUGAAGAUGGCGUUCCCUCAGAUGCACCCGAGUCUUGUCCGUCACACUAUCGGGUGUGCCGUUUGA